UAAGAGUUGGACGAUAUCGGAUAUCGGCAAAAAAGCCAUUAUCGAACAUCUCUUAUUGCAGACCUGCUCUUUGGUGGUUCUCGGUUGAUCAUCCUGACCAAUAUUCUCUCAGCAGCAGGUGAUAGCUUGCGGGGUUUUUUUUCCUGAUCGUGGCAGUGACAAAACUGUGCCAUGCACUUUAUACUUACGAACAAUUGUCUGCACAGUUGGUCUUGGUACCAUGAAGGGCAUUGGUUGAAACUAGCAACCGUGUCUGCGUCUCCUGGGAUUUGCAUAAGGGGGCCGAUGUAGAUGUGGCCCUGCACCUGCCCCAUGGAACACUGAUACCAUGGUGAAUAUCAAUCAGAUGGGAAAACAAUGUUUGUUUACAGAGCCCACACAGCAGCUGGACCUCUGCCAGCCACACCUUCUACCACCAUCAGCUUUCAUCUCACGUGCUUGAAGGAUAACCACCUCAUGGCUGACAACCGUAUCACGCUUGGACCCGCACUCACGGCGAGGCACUCGCGUGGACUCUGAGGAUGGCGGCAGGAAGGAGGCGGGAUGCCGGGACGGCGGAGAGGUUGGGACUCCAUGUGCGACUGCUAGCGAUUAGCGUGCUGCUGGUAGCCGAGCUUAGGGUCAACGGCCAGAACAACGAGAGGAGGGUUCUGGCUCGCAUCCCAGGCGACAUUAUCAUAGGAGCCCUGUUCUCGGUCCACCACCAGCCGCCUGCGGACAAGGUCCACGAGAGGAAGUGCGGCGCGGUGCGCGAGCAGUACGGCAUCCAGAGGGUGGAGGCCAUGAUGCACACGCUGGAUCGAAUCAACGCAGACCCCAGUAUCCUCCCCAAUAUCACUCUGGGAUGUGAGAUCAGGGACUCCUGCUGGCACUCUGCCGUGGCCCUGGAGCAGAGCAUCGAGUUCAUCCGGGACACGCUGGUGUCCGCCGAGGAUGAGGAGAGUCAGGGCCGCUGCGCCGCCGAAAUGGGCGGGGCGGCGCCGAGCAAGAAGCCCAUCGCGGGCCUCAUCGGACCGGGCUCCAGCUCGGUGGCCAUCCAGGUGCAGAACCUCCUGCAGCUCUUCAACAUCCCGCAGAUCGCCUACUCGGCCACCAGCGUGGACCUCAGCGACAAGAGCUUGUACAAGUACUUCAUGAGGGUGGUGCCCUCGGACAUGCAGCAGGCCCGGGCCAUGGUGGACAUCGUCAAGCGCUACAACUGGAGCUACGUGUCGGCCAUACACACCGAGGGUAACUACGGCGAGAGCGGCAUGGAGGCCUUCAAAGAAAUGGCGGCCAAGGAGGGCAUCUGCAUCGCGCACUCGGACAAGAUCUACAGCAACGCCGGCGAGCGCAGCUUCGACAAGCUCCUGCACAAACUGCGCGGCCACCUGCCCAAAGCCCGGGCGGUGGCCUGCUUCUGCGAGGGCAUGACGGUGCGAGGGAUCCUCAUGGCCAUGCGGCGCCAGCAGCUGGUGGGCGAGUUCCUGCUGCUGGGGAGCGACGGCUGGGCAGACCGCUACGACGUGACGGACGGCUUGGAGAGGGAGGCGUCGGGCGGCCUGACCAUCAAGCUGAAGUCGGCGUACGUGACCUGGUUCGACGACUACUACCUGAAGCUGAAGCCCGACUCCAACCCGAGGAACCCGUGGUUCCCCGAGUUCUGGCAGCACCGCUUCCAGUGCAAGCUGAAGGGCCAGGAGAGCGCCGCCUACAACCGCACCUGCAGCCGUGAGCGCCGCCGCACUAGCAUGUUCCUCGCCAGCGACCUCGGCGUGACGCCGCUCUGUCCCGCAGGGAGGGAGUCGCUCCACCAGCACUACGCCCAGGACACCAAGAUGGGCUUUGUCAUCAACGCCAUCCACGCCAUGGCCCACGGUCUGCACGCCAUGCAGCAGGUCCUCUGCCCGGGAUAUAAGGGUUUGUGUGAGUCCAUGCGGCCCAUCGACGGGCGCCACCUGCUGGACUUCCUGAUGAGGACCAACUUCACCGGCGUCUCGGGCGAGACCAUCCACUUCGACCAGAGCGGCGACUCCCCCGGCAGGUACGAGAUCAUGAACUUCCAGCUGCUGGGCCAGGACCAGUACGCCUACGUGCACGUGGGCAGCUGGGACCAGGGCGGCCUGCGCAUGGACGACCUGGAGGUCUGGAACAACCAGAGCCAGCUCAUCAAGUCCGUCUGCUCCGAUCCCUGCGAGAAGGCCCAGAUCAAGGUGAUCCGCAAAGGGGAGGUGAGCUGCUGCUGGACCUGCACGCCUUGCAAGGACAACGAGUUUGUGUUCGACGAGUACACCUGUCGCUCCUGCCUGCUGGGAUCCUGGCCCACGGACGACCUGCGUGGUUGUGAGCCGAUCCCGGUGCAGUACGUCCGCUGGGGCGAUCCGGAACCGAUCGGCGCUGUCGUGUUCGCCUGUCUGGGUCUGCUGGCGACCCUCUUUGUCACCUCGGUCUUCGUCAAGUUCUGGGACACACCUGUGGUGAAGUCGUCCAGCCGCGAGCUGUGCUACAUCAUCCUGGCGGGGGUAUGUCUGGGCUACCUGUGCACCUUCAGCCUCAUCGCCAAGCCCCACAUCGUCUGCUGCUACCUGCAGAGGCUCGGUAUCGGACUGUCACCCGCCAUGAGCUACUCUGCUCUGGUCACUAAGACCAACCGCAUCGCUCGGAUCCUGGCAGGCAGCAAGAAGAAGAUCUGCACCAAGAAGCCUCGCUUCAUGUCCGCCUGCGCACAGCUGCUCAUCGCCUCCCUGCUCAUCCUGCUGCAGCUCGCCAUCAUCGUGGCGCUGCUCGUCAUCCAGCCGCCGGAGGUGAUCCAUGACUACCCCAGCAUACGUGAGGUGCACCUGAUCUGCAACCUCACCACUCUAGGGGUGGUGGCGCCGCUGGGCUACAACGGUCUGCUCAUCCUCAGCUGCACCUUCUACGCCUUCAAGACUCGCAACGUCCCGGCCAACUUCAACGAGGCCAAGUACAUCGCCUUCACCAUGUACACCACCUGCAUCAUCUGGCUGGCCUUCGUGCCCAUCUACUUCGGCUCCAACUACAAGAUCAUCACCAUGUGCUUCAGCGUCAGCCUCAGCGCCACCGUGGCACUGUGCUGCAUGUUCGUGCCCAAGGUGUACAUCAUGCUGGCCAAGCCGGAGAAGAACGUGCGCAGCGCCUUCACCACGUCCACGGUGGUGCGCAUGCACGUGGGCGACGCCAAGAAGGCGGCCAAGGCGGGCAAGGCGUCCGGCAGCAUGGCCGACCUGUUCAGACGCCGCUCCUCUACCCAGCAGAACGUCAGCUCCAACGGGAAGUCGUCCGGCUGGGAUGAGAACGAGCGCAGCUACCGACCCAACCUGUGGAAGAGGAUGUCCUUCCAUGUCAAGAAGAAGGAGGCAGCGGAAGCCAACCAGACCGCCAUCAUCAAGCCCUUCUCCCAGCCGCCGCCCUCCUUCCAGGCCGGCGAGGAGGGAGGAGCGUGGCGGGCGGCAGACAGCGGCGACAUCAGCGUCAUCGGCGUGGGCGAGCUGCGGGUGAUCGGAGGUCCGGCAGAGGGCGCCACCGUCAUGGAGCAGAUCAACUGCGUGGUCAACAGCUUCAACGUCGCCACCCCGCCCAGAGGAAGACCCGCCCGCUCCGCCGUGACCAUGCACGCCGAGGUCGCCGCUUUCUGCGAGGGCCGAGCCACGGGGAAGUUGUACGAGCAGCUGGCGGGGACGUGCGCACGCAGACUGCGAGAGGCGGACGCUCUGACCCCGCCCUCGCCCUUCCGGGACGCUGAACUGAGCUCCGACAGUAGCUCCUCCCACUCCGGGGCCGACUACGGCCAGUUUCUCCCGCGACACUACAGCCAGAGCGCCUCCUCUCUGUAGAGAGAAGGUGGGGGUUCGGAGACAUCUCCGGUGGGCUCCUGGAAUGCACCAAGGCCAUAAAAGGGUGGUAUCUCCGCCAAAACCCAGGCACAGGCAGCUGAAGAGAAGAACCAGGACACAAACAUUCAGGCUCAAAUUGUGGUUUAGACAAGAGAUGACUCAAAUGUUGAUUUGGCCGUGACGCAUUCCCCCUGUUUGCUCUUUUUUUACCACUUUUGAUGGGGGGGGUUUUUUUGGACACCCCUGAACUAGUUUGUUUGCCCACACGCUGGUGACUCAGUCUCUGUUCCACUCCAAAAUAACCCACCACGGGGCCACAGAAAGUUGCGAGUGCCGGCACUUUGACAAAGAAGGUGAGAAACACUAUUGAAAGUACAAAGAUGGCGUCCGUGUGGUGGUCCCAUCGCCUCCUCCCUCGCCAAAGAGUGUUUAUUACGAGAAGAACUGAUGCUUUUAUACAUUUUAGUCAUCAUGAAUAUGCAUUUGUCAAACUAUUUGUAUUCUCUGUACAAUGGAAGGGUGUCCCCAUUGGAUGUUGAUGUUGGAUAUCGAUUCGAUAUCAGCAACAACAAAAAAACUAGUAUGGGAACAUAUUGGCUGGCAUGUAAAAUGUGCGAUACAAGCAGUCUGUUUAUUUGUGUGUGAUAUAAUUUGCGAUACAAGCACUCCUGCAGCGUGUUUACUUGUAGGUGAUAUCAUGUGCGAUACAAGCAGUCCUGCAGCGUGUUUACUUGUGUGUGAUAUCAUGUGCAAUACAAUCGGCGUGCUUACUUGUGUGUGAUAUGUGUGAUACAAGCAAUCUGUUUACUUGUGUGUGAUAUUGUGUGCGAUACAUGCAGUCGAUCAGCGUGUUGUGUGUGAUAUCAUGUGCGAUACAAGCAGUCCUGCAGCGUGUUUACUUGUGUGUGAUAUCAUGUGCGAUACAAUCGGCGUGCUUACUUGUGUGUGAUACAAGCAAUCUGUUUACUUGUGUGUGAUAUCGUGUGCGAUUCAUGCAGUCGAGCAGCGUGUUGUGUGUGAUAUCAUGUGUGAUACAAACAGUCGUGCAGCAUGUUUACUUGUGUGUGAUAUCAUGUGCAAUACAAGCAGCGUGUUUACUUGUUUGUGAUAUCAUGUGCGAUACAAGCAGUGUGUUUACUUGUGUGUGAUAUCAUGUGCGAUACAAGCAGCGUGUUUGCUUGUGUGUGAUAGCAGGUGCAAUACAAGCAGUCCUGCAGCGUGUUUACUUGUGUGUGGUAUCAUGUGCGAUACAAGCAGUCCUGCAUUGUUUACUUGUGUGUGAUAUCAUGUGCGAUACAAGCAGUCCUGCAGCGUGUUUACUUGUGUGUGGUAUUAUGU